GAUGAUUUGGAAGAUGGAAACCUGUUUGUAUUUUUGAUGUCUACUUUUGUUGUCAACAAAUCUCUAUUACGAGAUCCAAAUAAAUGUACAGUAAUUCAUACAAUUAAUGUGUGAAUGGCUCUAACUACGCGUACACCAAACUGAAAGCAGAUGACUGUGAUGCAGUGGUGACACCUAACGUUCCUGUAGUUUCACCAUGCCUCAGAAGCUGAUGAAGAGCGCCCACUACAUCGAGCUGGGGGGGAGAUACCAGUACUGGCCCGUGCUGGUCCCCAGAGGGAUAAGGCUGUACACAUACGAACAGAUCCCAGUGUUCCUGAGGGAUAACCCUUACAUCACAGAUGGCUACAGAGCCUACCUGCCCUCCAGGCUAUGCAUAAAAAGUCUGUUCAUCCUGUCCAAUGAGACAGUGAAUAUCUGGAGCCACCUGUUGGGCUUCCUGUUGUUCUUCACGCUGGGGAUCUACGACAUGGCGUCUGUGUUGCCUGCCACCAGGGCCUCCCGGGAGGACUAUGUCAUCUAUUCCAUAGGACUCUUCUGCUUCCAGCUCUGUAUGCUGUGCUCCGUGGGAUACCACCUGUUCUGCUGUCACCGCUCAGAGAAGACCAGUCGUCGCUGGAUGGCUCUGGACUACGCUGGCAUCUCCAUAGGCAUCCUGGGCUGCUACGUACCUGGGGUCUUCUACGCGUUCUACUGCAAUAACUACUGGCGUCAGGUGUACCUGGUGACGGUGCUAGCUAUGAUCCUGGCGGUGUUCUUUGCCCAGAUCCACCCCCACUACCUCAGCAAGCAGUGUCAGCGACUCCGCUCUGUUCUCUUCUGCAGCGUGGCCGGCUACGGCCUCAUCCCCACCGUACACUGGGUCUGGCUCAAUGGGGGCUUCUCUUCAGACCUCGUACAGUCUUUUAUUCCACGUGUUCUGGGGAUGUACGCGAUCGCUGCCGUAGCCUUCGUCUUCUACGUCUCGAAGGUCCCUGAGCGCUACUUCCCAGGUCAGCUGAACUACCUGGGCUCCAGCCACCAGGUGUGGCAUGUUCUGGUCAUUGUGAUGUUCUACUGGUGGCACCAGGCUGCCCUCUUCAUCUUAACCCACCGCCACAGCCACCCCUGCCCAGACUACACUGUGCACACCUAGGACUGCCCAGAGUAAACUACCCCAGCGUGACAAGGACUGCCCAGAGUAAACUACCCCCAGCGUGACAAGGACUGCCCAGAGUAAACUACCCCCAGCGUGACUAGGGCUACCCCCAGCGUGACUAGGACUGCCCAGAGUAAACUACCCCCAGCGUGACUAGGACUGCCCAGAGUAAACUACCCCUAGCGUGACUAGGACUGCCCAGAGUAAACUACCCCCAGCGUGACUAGGGAUACCCCCAGCGUAACUAGGGAUACCCCCAGCGUAACUAGGACUGCCCAGAGUAGGCCUCGUCCAGGCCCAUCACUGGGCUCGAACCUGGACCCUUCUGCACAACACGCACAAAGCAGUGUUUACCCGUCGCCCCACACAAAGAACUACUUCAAGGACUGCUGCUACAGAGACAGGUGUACGGAGCCAGAAUAAGCUUCUGCCACCAUGGAGCGACCAUGACAGAGACAGACCAGGGCAGCACCAACCACAACAAGUCAAAUCCCACCCAGUCAACCAUUAGAAAUACUUUGGAUAGAGACAGACCAGGGCAGCACCAACCACAACAAGUCAAAUCCCACCCAGUCAACCAUUAGAAAUACUUUGGAUAGAGACAGACCAGGGCAGCACCAACCACAACAAGUCAAAUCCCACCCAGUCAACCAUUAGAAAUGCUUUGGAUAGAGACAGACCAGGGCAGCACCAACCACAACAAGUCAAAUCCCACCCAGUCAACCAUUAGAAAUGCUUUGGAUAGAGACAGAGCAAGGCAGCACCAACCACAACAAGUCAAAUCCCACCCAGUCAACCAUUAGAAAUGCUUUGGAUAGAGACAGACCAGGGCAGCACCAACCACAACAAGUCAAAUCCCACCCAGUCAACCAUUAGAAAUGCUUUGGAUAGAGACAGACCAGGGCAGCACCAACCACAACAAGUCAAAUCCCACCCAGUCAACCAUUAGAAAUGCUUUGGAUAGAGACAGACCAAGGCAGCACCAACCACAACAAGUCAAAUCCCACCCAGUCAACCAUUAGAAAUGCUUUGGAUAGAGACAGACCAAGGCAGCACCAACCACAACAAGUCAAAUCCCACCCAGUCAACCAUUAGAAAUGCUUUGGAUAGAGACAGACCAAGGCAGCACCAACCACAACAAGUCAAAUCCCACCCAGUCAACCAUUAGAAAUGCUUUGGAUAAUAUAUUGCAUUUGGUAGAUGCUAUUAUGAAAUGUCCGGUGACUGUCUGCAGGACCUUUAGGUACAGUGGGAUGUUGUCACACUACAUUGACCAGGCGCCUAGACUCGGCCUGAAAGCUGGCAUUGGGAACAACAUUACGAUACGCUACUCCCGAGACUAAUUCUACUUAGCUUAGCUGUUUGUAGCCGGAGCAUCAAGAGAGCGGGUGUACUACUGCAGCAGUGUUUACUGCAGGCCUGGUACUGGUCCCCCUUUCCAAACUGCUGCUACAGGAACACACCUAAAGCACUCGCAAGGUCCUUCCUCUUUCUCUGAACAACAUCCUGUUAACCGUUCAUACAGAUGUGAUUGUACUGUGGUGUGUGUAUAUAUAUAUAUUUUUUUUAAAGUGAACAGUGUUUUGUAGUCUCUGUUAAUGAAGUGCUUAUGCUGAUCAUAUACCAGGUAGCACUUCUGAUAUAUAUUUUAACAUUUUCUUGGUUUUAGUAACGAAGAGACUUAUAUGGACAGCGUCCAGUAUUCAGUGAUGGUAUAACACCAAUGAGGUAUGCGAUGAAAUAUGACAACUUAGCUGUGAUUUAAAAAGCAAUCCUGUUUGGAAUCAAACCAAAGAUACGAGGGAACUUAUAUUGGCUGAAGUGGUUCCCGCUGAAUGUACUCAGACCCCUUGCCUUAUUCCACAUGUUGUGUUAAAGCCUGAAAUAUAUCUCAUACAUUUUGAAUGCUGUCACCCAUCUACACACAAUACAAAAGUGAAAACGUUAGCUAAUUUAUUGAAAAGUGAAAAACAGAAAUCGCUAAUUUUACAGAAAUAUUCAACCCCCUGAGUCAAUACAUGUUAGAAUCUUCUUUGGAAGCGAUUACAACUGUGAGUCUUUCUGGGUAAGUCUCCAAGAGCUUUGCACAUCAUUUUUUAACAAAUUCUUUAAGCUCUGUCAAGUUCGUUGUUCAUCAUUGCUAGACAGCCAUGUUCAAGUCUUGCCAUGGAUUUUAAUGCUGAUUUAAGUCCAAACUAACUCAGUCAUUUAGGAACAUUCAAUGUCGUCUUGGUAAGCAACUGUAGUGUAUAUUUGGCCUUGUGUUUUAGGUUAUUGUCCUGCUGAAAGGGGAAUGUGUCUCCCAGAAAGUAGACGGAACCAGGUUUUCGUCUGUGUUUAGCUAUAUCCUGUUUUCUUUUUAUCCUAAAAAAAAACUGCCUAGUCCUUGCCAAUGACAAACAUCCCCAUAACAUGAUGCAGCCACCACCAUGCUUGAAAAUAUAAAGCGUGGUACUUGGUGAUGUUGUUUGCUCCAAACAUAACGCUUUGUUUUCAGGACAAAGUUAAUUUCUUUGGCACAUUUUUUUAGCAGUUUUGCUUUAGUGCCUUAUUGCAAACAGGAUGCAUUGCUUUAGUGCCUUACUGUUAACAUGAUGCUUUGGAAUAUGUUUUAUUCUGUACAGGCUUCCUUUUCACGCUGUAAUUUAGGUUAGUAUUGUAGAGUAACUACAAUGUUGUUGAUCCAUCCUCAGUUUUCUAUCAUAGUGAAAUCCCUGAAUGGUUUCCUUCCUCACCGGUAACUAAGCUAGGAAGGACACCUGUAUAUUUGCAGUGACUUGUGUAUUGAUACACCAUCCAAAGUGUAAUUAAUAACUUCAACGUGCUCAAAGGGAUAUUCAGUUGUUUUUUUUACCCAUCUACUAGGUUCCCUUCUUUACGAGACAUUGGAAAACCUCCCUGGUUCGACCUGUUUGAAAUUCACUGCUCGACUGAGGGACCUUGCAUAUGUGGGGUAGUCAUAAAAAAAAAAAAUUGAACACAAUUAUUGCACACAGAGUCCGUGCAACUUAUGACAUGUUAAGCAAAUUUGUACUCCUGAACUUAUUUAGGUUUUCCCUUAACAAAGGGGUUGAAUACUUAUUUAUUGACUCAAGACAUUUCCACUUUUCAUGUUUUGUAGAAAUGUUCAAAAAUAUAAUUCAAUAUUACGAGGGUAUUGUGCGUAGACCAGUGACACAAUCUCAAUCAUUUUAAAUUCAGGCUGUAACACAAACAAAAUGUGUAAAUAGUCAAAGGGGUGUGAAUGCAUUGUAUCGAUCUUUCGUUAUGAAUCUAGGCCUAAUUAGACUUUGUUUGAAGAAAAAUAAGUGAAAUAAAAAAAGGAACCUUUUUUUGGUUUUCACAAGUUUCCCCCAAUAGUGGAAACAAGUAUUUAAGAAUCUCUUUGAAUUUGUGCUCUCCUUUUUAACUUGCUAUAUAUAUAUAUAUGUUGUUGUCAUUGACAACCGUACUGUAGCCCUUUGUCAUCGUUUUUAUGCAUUUGAUUUUGUUUGUUUGGGAUGGUCAUUGACUUAUGAACGCAUUACACUGCAGCAUUGUAGCAAAUGACACUUCGGUCUAACUAUCAGUAGGAAUAUGUAUAAUCAUAUGCUGUUCAGCGGGUUGAACCUGCAGAUCUGUUGUUCUGAGUACAGGCUAACGAAACAAUGCUCAUAUGAAGUGCUGAUUGACUGUGUUGUCUGUUUUUUUCUUGAUCUGUUUGACUACUGGGACCUUGUUAGUGUUAAAAGCUACAGGUGACACAGACCCUGUCUGCCUUAGAGGAUAAAGCUACAGGUGACACAGACCCUGUCUGCCUUAGAGGAUACAGCUACAGGUGACACAGACCCUGUCUGCCUUAGAGGAUAAAGCUACAGGUGACACAGACCCUGUCUGCCUUAGAGGAUACAGCUACAGGUGACACAGACCCUGUCUGCCUUAGAGGAUACAGCUACAGGUGACAUAGACCCUGUCUGCCUUAGAGGAUAAAGCUACAGGUGACACAGACCCUGUCUGCCUUAGAGGAUAAAGCUACAGUCAUGUCUUUAGUUGUAUGCCUGUUCUUUCUAUUGAAGACCCUACUAGGUUUAUGUGCAAUGACAAUGUUUUGUAAAUGUGUCAUAUUUAACCUUAAAAGUUGUAGAAUGACAAGCUUGUAUUUUUCUCAAUAUUUAUAAAUACUACAGUACUACUCUUGAGCAGGUUUAUACAUGCGAUGGUUGUCUGUUGGCACACAGGGAUCGGGGCGUGUAAUGAUAAAACAUCUCUGAUCUCGGAUCAAGUCUCGCUGGUCCAUGUAAUAUUCAUUGUCAAUUAAAACUGAUCCUAGAUCAGUAAUCCUACUCUGACAUGCUGUAAGAAUACAGGCCCUUGUGUUGGAAGUGUCUAAAAAUCCAUUUUGUCGUAGGUCUUCUAUGGUUUUGUACAUUAACUCCCAAGUUGUGGUAAUAAAAUACAUAUUGGAUAACAGAA